GUGAACCAAGAGGGGACUACUUCCUCGGUGCUUCACAAUCAAAACAUUAUUCGUGCGCAAUGGGUGAGUCUUCAUCCUCCACAGGACUGGUUCUGAUCUAAGACUCGGUGCCAAAUCUCGGGAAUCUCCUCCGACACCGUUUUGUCGCACCAUGCUUCAGCUGAACGACACGGUGGAGCCGGAGAGUCCAGGGGCUGCGGUUCUCCACCCUGCGGAAACCGAGGAGGGGGUGGAGGUUGCGUUCACGCCGCCGGAGGCCGGACGGAGCUUCGGACACGCAGCCUCCGUGGCCUGCUGCCCUCCUCUGCAAACACUGACGCCUUUUCACGUGCAGAACCCCACGAUGCAGGCGAAAGUUAAGGAUUAUUUUGUUUUCAGGCCAGGUACCAUCGAGCAGGCGGUGAGCGACAUCCGGACCGUGGCACUCCCUUCAGAGGAUGGAGAGGUGCUCAGUGUGUGGCUGUUGGCUGAAGUCGACCACUGGAACAAUGAGAGGGAGAGACUGGUUCUAAUAACAGACAGAUCCCUGCUGGUGUGCAAGUACGACUUCAUCAACCUGUUGUGUCAGCAGGUCAUCAGGAUCUCCCUCAACGCAGUGGACACCAUCUCAGUGGGCGAGUUUGAGUUCCCACCCAAAUCCCUAAACAAGAGAGAAGGCUUCGGAAUUCGUGUCCAAUGGGACAAACGUCCUCGUGCCUCAUUCUUCAAUCGCUGGAACCCCUGGUCCACAGAUAUGCCCUACGCCACCUUCACAGAACACCCCAUGGCCCACGCCGAUGAGAAAGUGGCUUCUCUUUGUCAGAUGGAUAACUUUCGAACCCAGCUGGUCCAAGCUGUGAAGAAAGCCCAUAAGGAGUAUCCUAUUCCUGGUCGGGCUAACGGCGUCCUGAUCCUGGAGAGACCCCUACUCAUUGAGACCUAUCUGGGCAUCAUGUCAUUCAUCAACAAUGAAGCCAAACUGGGCUACUCCAUGACCCGAGGCAAGAUCGGCUUCUAAAAAAAAAACAAAAAACAAAAAAAACCCCACAAAACCCCAAAAUAACACAUAAUAAUAACAUAGAAAAAAUAUCAAGGGUUUCUGCCAAAUCCAAAGCGUUUGACUCAUGUGUCGUGUGUUACACUGCGCUGUCUGAAGGACGCCGUUCCACUUCAGUCUGUGUGUGUGAGGUGAGCUCAUCAGAUGUCCACGCCUCCUUCAGUUGGAGUCGCAGACAGGUGUCCAGACUAAUGUCGGUACUGCAUGGACUGCCCACUUCUGUUUGUUUUAAGCCAACCUCUCCUACAAAAAGCUGCCAAACCUGCGAGGGAACUCAGGGGUGUUUUACCCAUAGGUUUGAGAAAGGACACCGCAUAUGCAUUCAUUCAUUACUUCCUGUGCUUAUUUAAUCAUGAGGAUCUUGACUUAUCGCAACUAAUAUGACCUUUAGGUUUUGUUAGAGGGUCCUUUAUUGGUUUUUGUUUUGCUGCAGGGAAGUUAAUAACAUACAGUGACGUACAAAAACAAGCUGCUGCGUCUUCUAACAUUAUGUUCCAUGCUCGCUUAAUGUGGUAUGAAAUGAAUCACACAGGGUAGCUUCUUGGAAUGAAGAACAGCUCAUGGAUUGAGGUCAAUAGUUGUGUCAUAUGAUUAUUGUGGGAAACGUCACAAAUGUGGAAACUGAGUCAGGGUUCGCUCGGAUACUUUACAACGCUCUGGUCUUAGCUGACUUACAUUUGGUAAAUAACAGCUAACAGAGUCCUACUUUAACUGUUCAUGAAACUUGUUUAGUGGGAAUGAUGAAUUCUAUGUUGUGAUCCUGUGCGCUCUUCAUGCUUAUCUUUGCCUAAAUAAUGUCAAAGGAGCCACUCUAACAGUGGGAAGACUGUAACGACGACACAAAUGUUGCUGAUUUGUUGAAUUUUUUGCUUAAAUGUACUAAAGCCUGCAGUGGGAAUGACAGGUUUUAAUGGAAUCAUUGCUGACAAAGGCUUCAGCCCAUUUACCACAAACUUUACGCAUCCUGUGGGUUACAUCAAGUUUGUUCUUCUUCCCAGACAUCCUUCUAUAAUACAAUAUUGUGCUACCAAAGUCAUAUAUUCAUGCUCAACAAUACCAAUGAACAAUUGUGUCCCAAACUGCCUUUUUUCUGACCUUAACUUGUGCAUGUAUCCUGCACGUUAGGUUUGCAUGACUGUUUUGUUUUUGUUUGUUUUUUUAGGAUUAUCCUAAUUAGGUUUGUAAAUACUACCUUGUCUGCUGUUAUUUUCGUGCAGUUUAUUCAUGUGCACUUGCAGUUUUCAUUGCCAAUUUUGAAUUAUUUUAUUUAAGGAUUUUAAAAAGAGAUUAACUGAUUAUAACAAAGACAUGAAGGCUGUUUUUUUGGUUUUAAAUAUUUGUAGCAGUCCCCACAAUGAGGAAUAAUAAAUGCCUAUAUGUUCUUGUCA